AUGGGUUCAGCUUUUCCCGCUCAGCCUCGGUUUGCUUUCCAACGCAUCCGAGACGCCUGUCGAGCGGCGACGCCGACGCCGGUGGUCCGCGGAAGCGUGAGCGCGCAAUCUAUCGAUAACGAACACGAGUCAACAGCUUGGCGACAAAUGCCGUUUGGCGGUGACGAGAUACUAUCGCACUUAUUGACAUCUAACAAGCCGAACGAGCCGAUAUCGCGGCUCACUGCGCGUUCCGACCGUCUUCGGCAAAAGUAUAGAGGAGUAAGAGAUAUCUCCCUGCAUUAUGUCUCCGAGCACGCUCGCAUAAGUGCGAUGUUCGCUUUGCUUCGGUCACCUUGA